CCCAUUCCCUCUGCCCCACCAUUGGCUCGAAGAUCCUCCCUCGCCCUACUGCAAUUUAUACAGCCCCCCCAAUCACUGUGCUCCCGCCCCGCUCACCGAUACAGAUACAGAUUCAUGACUCCAGCCUGCCCAGCUGCCACCACCACCACCACCACUACUACGGGCACAACCAUCCCCUCGACGCGAACCCUCCUAUCCUCCCUUAUCUCGCAACUAUCCGAUGCCACCGCAACCCUCACCCCUCCUCCACCGCCAGCCGCAGAGCUCCCGGAUAGCGGAGGCAGGGGCGGCGGCAGCCUGCUCUCCAGCCUCCCACCCAGCACGCAGCAGAUCCUGCUAACGCUCCACUGCCUGCUCCCCUCGGCGCUGCUCCCAGCCCUGGACCUUCUCGACCGCGGCCUAGUAACACAAUACACCCUCGCCGCACCAGCGCCCCAGCAACAGCAACAGCAACAGCAACAGCACACCUACUACGUCCACUCCUCGGCGCCCAGCCUCGCCAGCGACCCGCGGAAGUUCCACAGCAGCAGCAGCAGCAGCAGCGCCGUAGCGCGCUACGAAGUGCGCACGCAGGCGUGGAACUGCACGUGCGCGAGCUUUGCGUUUGCGGCGUCCAAAACUGCGUCCAAAACUGCGUCCAAGGCGACGGCGGAGGCCGAGGGUGCGGGUGCGGAUGGGCACCGGAGUCGAGCGGCCAUCUGGGGUGGGUACAGUAUGGGCGAGGUGAUGCCGGUGUGUAAACACUUGCUGGCGUGCGUGCUGGCGGAAAAUUGUACGGUUUUUGCGGGGGAGGUGGAUAGGCAGCAGGUUGAUCAGAUGAGGUUGGCGGAGUUGGCCGUGCUGUGGGAUUGAACUUUGAACUUGAAGGCAUAAGGAAGGAAGGAAGGAAGGAAGGUGGUGGAGGUAGGUUGCGUUUGUGGAGGGGCGGUGGUUCGUGUCGAGAUCCACAUGCGGUGUGCAUGGGUAUACGGUACCUACUCUAUCACAUUCACAUUCACAUCGUGACAUUUCACAUGUUUGUCUGGCCUUCUCUCCUUCUCUCCCACCCCUUCCCAGCCUUGCCAUUUUCCAUUUGUCAUUUGUCAAUUCUCCAUUCGCCUCCUCGAUUGGACGGACAAAAUGUAUUUAUACCCACCACCACGGGCAUUCCGAAUGAGGAUCCUUCGCUUCAAUGGCCGAUUGUCACACGGUGUACUCUACAUAUGUAUGUAUUGCCGAAAAAAAGGGCU